AACAGACCGAGAUUUUUGGGCUUGUUUGUGUACGAAAUAAUUGGGCCUCCAUUCGUUUUCAGCACAUGGAGGCCUGGCCUUCAAAACGACAUCGGAACAUCCCUUUGUUUUUUCUGCGAUAUUAACACGAAACCAUGCCUAAACCAUGGGCAUCUCUACUUCCUCUCCCUCCCUUUCCCAGCCUCUGUGCUUCUUCUUGUUUUGUAGCUCGCAAAGUACAGUCAAUAGAAGCCGCUCAACAUGAGCAGAUCAGGCCAGCCACCAGAUCUCAAGAAGUACAUGGACAAGAAACUUCAAAUCAAGCUGAACGCAAAUAGGAUGGUAGUUGGAACACUUCGUGGAUUUGAUCAAUUCAUGAAUCUGGUGGUUGACAACUCUGUGGAGGUGAAUGGUGAUGAGAAAACUGACAUAGGCAUGGUGGUAAUCAGAGGAAAUAGUGUUGUCACUGUUGAAGCGCUAGAACCUGUAAACAGAGCAAUGUGAUUAUGAUUUUAUGUUAGUACUUUCCACUGUAGUUUAAAAUCUAUUUUCACCUGGUACGGCUAUACGUGGGAUGCACGACUGCAAGUCAUUCUGUAUUUGUAGAUGCAAGGAAGGUUAUGUGGGCCUUUUAUUUCAUCAGUAAUUCUUGCAUUAGAUUGCAUUUCUAGCGGGCUUAGGCUGCCGUUGAUUAUCUUGCAAUGACAUUUACAUGCCUUCUGGAAUUGAUUGCUACAUGCUUCAUGCUUAA